CAAACUGUCUUCGCACGCGGGCCCAAAAUAAGGGGACCAAAGUACAACAUUUUUGUUCGCAAGUCAAAUCGGUGCCGUAAGCAGUAUUCAAUUAUAAAACCCGAUGGAAUUGACGGACUCAAUCAUCAGUCUACUACUACACAGUGUCAGUGCAGUUACCAAGUAUCUCUUCAACAUCGUCGGAAGGAAUCCCUCCAGCUCUACCGGAACCAUGAACAAGGUCAUCAUCUUGGCUCUCUUCGCCGUGGCCGCCGCCAGCGCCAUGCCAAACUACCCAGCCCCGAAGCCAGCUUACCACGCACCGGCCCCAGCCCACCACGCUCCCGCUCCGGCUCAUCAUGCACCAGCGCCAGCUUACGGACACCACGCUCAUCACGCCCCGGCUCCAGUGGUCCACACCUACCCAGUGCACGCCCCACACGCCAAGUGCGGAGCCAACCUGUUGGUCGGAUGCGCCCCUAGCGUAGCUCACGUGCCAUGCGUCCCAGUGCACGGACAUGGACACGGAUACGGACACGCUCCCGCUCCCCACUACCGGGCACCGGAAUCCGACUCGUUCGAUCAGUUCGAGGAAUAAGCGGAUCGUUGGCUGGACUGAUGCGGUGGAAAAAGUUGCCUGAAGUGAACAUACUCUAAUGAACGGAAAGUGUUGCAAUGGUGUUAACGUACAAAAAUACCUGAAGAAAAGAUGUAUUUAAUUUGACAGAGGAAUAAAUCUAAUUUAUUGAAACUAAUUUUUAGUUGUUGAUGCAUUUUAUUUUUGGGAUGUUGAGAAAAGUUUGUGUGGUAUCGGGUAUUUGAAUUAACUGUUCUGUACAGUAACGUUUUUGUUGGUUAUUGCUUUGGGUUCCACUGUUUUACAUUGGCUUAUGCUGUGAAGGUUUUGCCGCUUAAUGAAGUCCACCACAAUUAGUACAGUUAAAAUUUUGAAAGAAUGAG